CUCGCUGGGCGGCAGGACUCAUCCCGCACCUCCGCAAAGCCCAGCGCGAUGCCGCUCAAGAAACCCGAGCCGAGGAAGGAAGCAGCCAAAGCAGCUCCAGGCUCGGAGCCUGCCUUCGAUCCCAAGAGCGUGAAGAUUGAAUUCACAGCAGAGCAGAUUGAAGAGUUCAGAGAAGCCUUUGGGCUCUUCGACCGGACGCCUGCAGGGACGAUGCAGAUCAGCUACGGACAGUGCGGGGACGUCCUCCGGGCGCUCGGCCACAACCCCACCAACGCAGAGGUCCUCAAGGUGCUGGGCAAGCCCAAAGCAGAAGAAAUGAACACAAAGAUGCUGGACUUUGAGACCUUCCUCCCCAUCCUGCAGCACUUCACUCGCAACAAGGAGCAGGGCACCUUCGAGGACUUUGUGGAAGGGCUGCGUGUCUUCGACAAGGAGGGCAACGGGAUGGUCAUGGGAGCCGAGCUGCGCCAUGUGCUGGUCACGCUGGGAGAGAAGAUGACAGAAAGCGAGGUGGAGCAGCUCAUGGCAGGGCAGGAGGAUGCCAAUGGCUGUAUCAACUAUGAAGCUUUUGUCAAGCACAUCAUGUCUGGCUGAAACAAGAAACUUCAGGCUCUCAGAAAUGCUUGGACCCACCUGAGCACCAUGAAGAGCAAGACUCCUCCAUGCAUGUCCUUUCCCUGGGAUGUUUUGCCUAAAGCAAAACACACACCACGUGUGUGUACCUGAGCCUGGUACUCAGUGCAUCUGCAACUAGGUUUUAAACCUCAAGUUACUCUUUUCAGGUUUUCUCUGUGACAUUUGUCUCAUUAAAUUUUAUUCCUUUCUCCCUUAAA